AUGGUAAACUAUAAAUAUAAAAUAUACCACAAUGUUAAAAACCUCACAGUAUGCUAUAGGAAAAUCAAUAAAGAUAACUUCAUCUUUCUGGGGGGAAAUGUAUUUAGCAUUACAAAUUCAAAUGUAAAUUUUAUAUAUGAAUUCAAUAAGGAAUACAUUAAAACUUUGCAUUGCCACAUAAUCACCAUCUAUUUUGUGUUACACAAUAAAAAUGAUGUACUUUUUGAACGUGUGUACAUCAAAACCAGAAGGUUACUUUUUGCUUUUCCCUUUACUGGCAACUUUGGACACAUUUUUAGGUUUUGGUUCCCAGAGGGCAUUUUUCACGCUGCACCUUUGUCCAGCUUGGCAGCCUUCUUCUUGUCAGUUAUUUCCCUGACUCUGUUCAUGUAUAUUCUGAUUCUUUCCAAUUCCUGCUUUACUGGGUGUUCCUUAGGAUUAACUCCCUGA